GCGCCUGACUGAUAAUGACGCUACAUCAAAACCGAAAGUAGUCGUGUUUGUGUAAACGGAAGAUCGCGAUCUAAGUAACAAAUGGGUGGUUAAAAUGGGGUUAUCCCACAGUUCGGAGGACCCAAGCAAACAAGACAGGAACCUGCGAUUUUACAGAAAUGAAAUAAGGUCUAGUCCAUGGCCAGGUAACACAGUUGGGGAGAUGCUACUAUGGUUUGGUAGAUACAAUAAGUUAGAAAACAAUCACAGCUACAUUCAAUGGUUGUUUCCAACCCCCGAAGGCAGUGGUAUGAAUCCCUCCGCCCAGCCCCUUCGAGAACACGAGGCCAAGGCAAUCCGAGAGGAUGAAGUAGCAAGUGCGCGGGUUCUUAUGGCAUACAGAAUGAUGUUGGACUUCUAUGGAAUGAGACUUGUGAGUCGCAACACUGGUGCAGUGGCUAGAAGUGACAACUGGCAAGACAGAUACAAACACCUUAACAGGUCGACUCAUAACUACCGUAGAAUCACGAGGAUCAUACAGUCACUGGGUGAGCUAGGUUAUGAGAGGUUCCAAGUUCCGUGGAUCACAUUCCUCAUUGAGGAGUCCGUCGUAAAUCAUGUUCUCUCUAAUCUUAAUGGACCCUGCAUGAAACAUUGGAUAGGUGCCAUCAAGGAUGAGUUAGAAAGGGAGCAUAUGCACGAAAACUAUAUAGAGUUGUUUAAAAAGCCUAAACCAGAGGUUAGUAAUCCUCCUAAACCAAUGAUCACCAGUCAUGAUACACAAAAGAGCAAAUCAGCAGAGGAAUUCGCUAAUGACACUGCUGACACUGUUGACCAUGGUCCUGCUGCAGAGAGCAGUCACGCAAUCAGCACGGUGCCUUCCGAUGUCGCAGAUACAGGAGCAAACGGAGAGCAGCGCAAUAAAUGUAAUGGAAUUCGUAUAAGUGACUCCAAUAUGGCUUCAGCGGGACGUCCGUCGGAGUUUACCGAUGAUUCAAAUAACUUUUGUCCUAAUACAGCAAGUGUAGAUUUUGGUUGUGCAAAAGAUGACGCAUUAGCAUGUCAGUGAAAGAAGUAAGAGGUAGUUGUGAUAGUUGUAAGGCAACAGUGAUACCGUUUAAAUAUGUAACAUUACUGUGUUGCUAUAAGAAAUGUUUCUUAUCAAAUAUCACACAAUUUUCAUUUCUAUUUUCAAGAAAGAUGUAAUACCAAACAUAUUGCCAAGUUUCAUUGUGAAAUUUCGAGAUUUUAGAGAAAUAUAGACACAUAAUAACAGCCACCCCCUACCAAUUUACUGGGCUAAAUUUUGGCCCUAUGGUCCUUUUAUUGUAUAUUUUGGUAAAAGUUUCACUCGUUUGCAUUAUUUUUCACUUGGAUUCUGAAAUAUCAUUCAUUCCGUCAUGAAUAAGACCCAGAAGGAUGCAUUUUGUGCAUUUUCUGACAUUCUGGAGACAAAAUAUUGGCUUUUUAAUCCCAGAAAUCGCUGCUGAAUAGGCGCAUCUACUCUAAAUAUGGUCAAAAUUCAAAAUUUUUCAAAUUUCACUAUUUUUUUUGCAUUGGAAACACCCAUUUAUAUCAUAUACAACCGAUCUAUGACUAUUAAGACUAUUUGCGACUUGUUUCAAGAAAGUCUUAUUUCAGCUCUUAUAGGUUAAAGGUCAGUAAUUCAAAUCCUUCUUUGUUUCAUAUAAAAAACGACAACUUCAGGUCGUUUUUAUGUGUCUUUAGAGAACAUCACUUUUUCCUACACCUAUUUUUCAUGGAAGUUCUAUCACAAAUUAACGAAAAAAUGAAAAGAAAAUAGGGGGUUAUGUAGUUCCUAGUGAAAUGCCAGUCAGUUGUGGUCUGCUACCCUAAAAAUGGCGCAUAUUUGCUCUCGUCCGCGCAAUAAACACCUACUUCCGGUUUCGAUCUGCAAAACUUGCCAUGUGGGUUGUAUGAACAUGAAAACCGUCUUAUUUCAUGCAGAAUGUAUUCUAGUAGUGAAAAAUGGUGAUUAAAGCACUCGUUCUACACAAAUUUGCGCAAAAAAUGGGAAAAUUAGGAUCUAUUUAUUAUGGACUUCUUUCGACUACACCACGGAAGCACAUUUUCGACCGAAUUACUGACCUUAUUCCUAUAAGUGCCACGUACGUACACUAGUAGUUUCAUCUAUUGACAUUGUGCGUCUAGGACAGUCGGUCAAAUACUUGUUAGACUAAACUGAAGAUAACAGAUUGCAUUUAAUACAGUUUGUUUGUUUCAAAGGAUCGAAUGCAUGUAUAAUAUGUAUAUAAGUUGUACUAUUUAAUAUCUACUUAUUUUAGUAGAAUUUGAACGGAUAUUUUGUUUGCAAAUUGUAUGAAAAUGUAAUUCUGUGAUAGAUAUAUGUUCAGGUAGUGUCUCGUAGGUUCUUUAUAGAAAGGUCUGAAUGAUCUUAUUAUGUGUAAAUGUAAUCGUUUUUUUUUUCAUGUUUGUGGUCAUUGAAAGUGAGACUGUAAUACACUUAAAACAGAUUGUUCCUAACAAGUUCCGAAUGUGCUAGUUCUAAACACCCGUUAGGCGAUGUUCCUGUUUCUAAUUCAAUUUUAUGUCGUUUUGUGUUUAAAUACUUUAUAAUUAUCACACUCACAAAACUGUAUUAAUCAGAAAAGACUUCUUUAAUAUUUCUUUGUACACGAAGUAACUAUUAUUCAUAUAGGUCCAAGAUUAUAAACAUGAGUUUGGAAACCAGUCCAAAAUCCCCAGCAUAUGAUUGGUUGACUCUGAGCACAGGUUUGAAAUUGAUCAAUGAUGUUCUUGCAUUAUGAGACUGGUCUUCAACCUCAAAAUUUAUUAUAUUAAUGCAAAUUUGGUAGUAUGUUUUAGUUCUGUUCAUUUUGAUGACGUUCCGCAUAUCGGUAAUUUUGAACAAUUUUAAUGCCAUUAGCCCAUUGAGAAACAUAAGUUCCUGUAAUAUAAAGGGUGUUAUAAGUGGUUUUAUCACAUCUUUGACGUCGCGGGAGUGUAAUAAAGCCAUUAAAUAAAAAUGAUAAUACACUAGUGUAAUAAAAGUUUUGAUGUCGACGUCGUUUAAAGUAUAGGAGACGUUGGUCAAUUCGACUUGUUAACUAGUAAAAUAAAGUAGAAUUUUUGAUGUUUCGACAGGAAAAGCUUACAUGUGAUAAAAAGGAUAUUACAUUUGUGACUUUCCAUAUUGAAUUUAUUUAACGAGUUGAAUAAAAUGAUAAAAUGCGAGCUGUCGAGCAUUUUAUCAAUUUUAUUCAACUCGUUUAAUAAAUUCAAUAUGAAAAGACACUCGUGUAAUAUUCUCUAUUUAUCAACUCGCAUUGUAGAUAGGCCUACUUUCAUAUUUAUUUAUUUAUGUUUUGCAUGCAACAGAAUCUAGCAAUAAGGCUUAAUUUUGGGGAAAUUAUGUGUUUUGAUAUUAUAAUUAAGAUAUGGAUUCAGUUUAAUUCUGUUAAUAUUUAUUUCAUAACAUGCACCAAUGUUGAAUGAAGUUGCGUUUUUUUAUAUUUAAAUAAACAGAAGUUCUGAA